GUGAGGAAAUCACGAUUAGAACACCGACUGUGGUCCUAAACUCCCAAGGCACCUGCGACUUUCCAGACGUUUUAACCAUUGAGUUCCUGCGGCGAGAACCAAGCAGCCAAUGGAGCAUCCGCCUGAAACAGGACAAUGUUCUACCUUUACUUCCUUCUGUCUACCUGAUGGCGGAUUCAGAGUCACGUGAUAUGGAAGAGCACCGGGUUGUCAAUGAGGGGCAUGAUGGUCUCCAAGGUUUCCACAACCACACUUACGGCGCCGCAUUCACAGUCAAAUGUGCGCGGGACAGUCAGGGGAGACACUUGUUUAUCCUGGAAGGCUCCGUGUUUCUUGGUCAACAAAAGUACAGAGUGACUCCAUCACCGUCAUGGAGGCAACGAGCAGGGGUGUUUCUAAGUUUCACCACUGGUGUCUACAUGCUGGAAGAGGCAACUGAUUUCAAAUCUGGAAGCAGGGCGAUCAAGUUACCUGCAAGCGACAACACACAUAUCGUCCCUACUCAGACAGCAAACAGACACAAGCGUGCUGUGACCCUCCCUGCCACCUACACCAUUGAUAUUCUGACAGUCAUUGAUUACACUCUCUACAACAG